AAGCUCCUGGCCUGGUAUGGACAGAGUCCAAGAGGACACACUAUAAAUCCAUGAGCCCCUGAGAUUUAUACCUAUAGAAGCUGAGUACUUGUGAAACUCCAACCCUUGGACUUUCAGAUCUUCGGACGCCAACAUGAAGUUGCUCCUUCUCUUUUCAACCAUCCUACUGGCUCUGACCUUAAACAACUUCUCUGCCAAUGCCUGCUUGCCUUACCUUGAGCUGGUUGCAAGUCUCAACGUGAAUUCAAGCACAUUUUUGGAUUCGAGGCUCGAUAUAUACGAAGCUGAUGACACCACUAAAGAGGGAUUUCACAAAGUCAACGGAUGUUUGUUAGACCUCACACAGAAAGAGAAGGGAAAGCUCUUGUACCUUCAGGCUAAAAUCAUGAUGAGCCCAAUCUGCCAAAUUAAAGGGCCAUGAAAAUAAUGGAAGCUGGACCAACUAAGGUGAUGGAUCAACAACCCCACUAUCACUCUCCAUCAUGGCUGAUUGCUCAUCACAUCUCUAUCCUAUCCCUGCCUGCUAUAGAGGAAACUAUAGACCUCAAGCCAACCUGCCUGGGCUUUUCCCCUUGCUUAUUCCAAUAAACUCAAAGAAAUUCAGUUCUAUAUGA